AAGAAAGUAGUGAAGAAGAAGACAGCAGAUGUAAAUAUUUGAUUUUAAUUUAACUGUACACACAAACUGAACAUUAUGGCUAUUCAUAUACAUUACGCGAAAAAUAAUAUAGAAGCAAAUUUAAAAAAUAGUAAAGUACAAAGUGUGCCAUUUAGAAUACAUGCAGACUGCGAUGCUCCAAUCAAGUCCUAUUUCGAGCCCUACGUGAAAACAAAUGACCAAGAAGUUUUAACUGCUUCGUUUCGAGGGUAUCCCCUAAGAGGUAAGAACAUUGAGGUUCCACAAGGCUACGUAGGCGUAGUUCUCCACGAAAGCAUAAAACCGAGCACAGAUAAAGACGAAAGGAAGUUUUAUGUUGUUAAUAGAUUUAAGGAAAUGACUUACUGGAAUUGGGAUAAAAUUCCUAGUAAAAACGACCCAUUUAUCAAGGCUUUCGACUGGAUAGAUAUAGCAGAAGCGCUUCAUAGUCCUGUGGAUGAGGAAUAGAAUAUCGACAUUGAAUCAAAGUGAGUGCCUUAGGAUAGUAACUUUGUACCUAUAAAAUCAGGAAAUAUGAAAUUAAACAACUUCUAUUGUUAAAAAUAGCAAUUUAAUACAAAUCAAUUGUAAUAUUUCCAAUGCUUAAAUAAAAUAUGCUAUUAUAUGAGACCAGGAGAAGCUGA